AUGAAGGACACACGCUUGCAAGAUAAUUGGACUAUAUUCGACACUAAGGACAGAGGUCUCAUUACCGUACUGACUGGAAGCCGCUUAUCCAAGGCACCUCAUAGGAUCCAGUCUCUUGCAUCAUUAAAACUAUUUGCGCUGAUGACCCCGUCACAGGUAAUCACUGCUGACGAUAUGCAAAUGACUACGACCUGCUUCAGCCUUCUUGUAAUAGCCUCUCAUCAAUUCGCAACUCCCUGUCCUCUAUCAACUCCUCCGAAGCACCAAUACUGUUUACUGAUACCGGUUACGCUUUUCAAGAGAGUUGUCGAAAAUCAUAACAAGACUGAGGUAGAAGGAGGUCACCCACUGACCGGAAUGUUAGGUUUUCCCAUAUCCGAUAUUAAUACCGACGUCACUGGGAUUCCGGAAAGUGCUCCAAAAACAAAGACACCUGGUCCAACAGGUACGUCAUCCAGGUAG